UCUUUCUAUUAAAUAAGAACCACUGUAAGGAAAUCUCUCACUCUCUCACCGUCAACGACGUUUAAAAUUAGGCAUGGGGAACUGUUUAUUCGGAGGGUUAGGCAACAUGGAAGAGUACUUACCUACCAAAGUCACAAAACCGGACAGUGGAGUUCUAGAGUUCUUCUCCCCCAUCGCAGCAGGCUCCAACGAGUUGAAGACUUCUGUCGGAAACUGUCAUGUGAGAUCCAACAGCGAGUCCUUGCCAGUGAUAACUCCGUAUGGAAAGUCUCUGGAUUACAACCGCAGGGUGUUGAAGAGAUCGUACACAAACGUCUUUUCAAAAAAUACCCGACAUAAGGAGAAGAAGAAGACGAGGAAGCGUAUGAGAAACAAAGGUGAUAUAUGGAAAGUGAAGCUGGUCAUAAACACGGAAGAGCUGUUGCAGAUAUUGUCCGAAGAGGGAAGAACAAACGAGCUGAUAGAGAGUGUAAGAGCCGUCGCCAAGUGUAAAAACGUUGUCGCGUCCGAGAUGAACUUGUCGGUGGUACAGGUCUAAAUUUUUAUUUUUAUGGUAGAUCUUCAUCUACAUUAUUUAGAUGUUGUGGUUUAUGAGUUUACUUGGCAACUUGCCAUUAACCCCAAAAAUCUUUUGCGUGUGUUAUUUGAUUCUAGUCUAUGACCAGUCAAUUUUAAUAUAUAAAGUUGUAUGUGUUUAAUGUGA